CCACAUGUUGGGGAGAACAUUCACAGCUGAUCAGUGAGAAAUUACAGUAAGAGUAGCCAGGCAGAAACCAGCAAACAGCAUGUCACUUAAUCCUGAGGAGGUGGUUUUGCCUUCCAGACCAGAACUGUUUGAUUUCCAUGGAGUCUCAAUGACUCACUAUUUUACAGACAACUGGGAGAAUAUUCAAAACUUUCAGGCCAGACCAGAUGAUAUACUUAUUGCAACAUAUCCCAAAGCAGGAACCACAUGGGUCUCCCAAAUCCUUGACCUGCUGUAUUUUGGUCAGACAUCUCCAGAGCGGCAGAAAACCAUCCCCAUCUAUGAGAGAGUGCCCUUCCUGGAGAUUUGCGUCCCAACUUUAGAAUCAGGAAAAGACCUGGCAGACAAGCUCCCCACCUCCCCCCGACUCAUUAAGACUCAUUUUCCUGUUCAGUUUGUGCCAAAGUCCUUCUGGGAGCAAAACUGCAGGAUAGUCUAUGUAGCCCGCAAUGCGAAGGACAACAUGGUGUCUUAUUUCCACUUUGAUCGGAUGAAUGGAAUUCAGCCAGAGCCUGGAGACUGGAACAACUACUUCCACAGAUUCAUGGAAGGAAAAAUGGUCUUCGGCUCCUGGUAUGAUCAUGUGAAUGGUUGGUGGAAGAAGAAACAGACAUGCUCAAAGAUUCACUACAUGUUCUAUGAAGAUUUGAUUGAGGAUACUGAACAGGAAAUAGACAAACUGUCCUGCUUUCUGGGUUUGACUCCUUCAGCUGAGGAGAAGAAAAUGAUUGCAGGUGGAGUGCAGUUUGACAACAUGAAAAAGAAUGAGAUGGUCAACUAUUCUUCACUCCCGCUUCUAGAUUUCAAGAUUUCUCCCUUCAUGAGAAAAGGGAAGGUUGGUGACUGGAAGAACCACUUCACCAUGGCCCAAAAUCAAGUGUUCAAUGAAGACUACAAGAAAAAGAUGAAAGAUCCCACACUUCAGUUCCACACUGAAAUUUAAACAGGAUCACACAUACUGUGUGAAUACAGUAUGCAAAAAUGGCUCUAUGAUUGACUAGAUCUGAGAAGUACUGGUGUGUUUAUUUAAAUACAUAAACUUUAUAUUAUGAAUCAUCAAGAGUAUAUAAGACAACAGAAUGAAUGCACCCUGCAAUGUUAUUAACUAAUAAAACCAACAA